CCAGUCAUUUUGAACUUUCUGAAGUUGACCUGUUGAUAUUUAAAUAUUGAAAGCAAAGACAAAUAAUAUACUAUUCGACUGAGACCCAUUUUGGGUCCCUAAGACUUUUAACAAUCAAGGAAAGACCUUAAGGUUUUAAAAACCAAAAUGGCCCCUACAUUCGUUAACUUUUAAGUGUGCGGCCCUUUGUGGUAAAGUUUUGGACAUCCCUUGUUUCGUUUUAAUGAAUAGCUGAGCAGAAAGGAAUCCUGUAUAGAUUAUACAUUAAUAGUACUUUAAAACAUUUUUUUUAAUUAAAGUGAGUCAUUGUGUUUCAGUAUUUUUGCCCUGCCACUUGUAGGAACCCUCAUUCUGCAUGUUUUUGUACAAACUAUUGUUGGACAAUCUUUCAACGCUGCAUUCAAACAUUUUCAUAGUUGAACCUUACAUGUAGAAACACAAUUGUUUCUUGGUGCUGUGCUUACUAAACGGAGGAAAACAAAUCUAAAGGACAAGAACUUGCAAUUUUUAAAAUCAGUAUCUCAUGAUUGUUUGGGUGUGACAGGGUAUGUCUGGAGAAUCUGGCACUAAAGGACAGGUGAGUUGUGUAUGAUCAUGUGUUAAGUAAAUAUACACUUCAUGCACUUGUAUGUGUUUGCAGCACAGAGUGAGGAGACCUUGGACAUAAUGGUCCAACAUGGAGACUCUGGGAAGCCAGGUGAUGUAGGACCCCCUGGACUGCCUGGUCCUCGGGGGUUGAAAGGCAUGAGCGGUGUGCAUGGCAGGCCGGGUAUUGAGGGUCCACCGGGACAAGAUAUAUCUGACCAGCAUAUUAUUGAUGUGGUAUAAAGAAUGUUGCAAGAGAGGCUGGCAGCAGUAGCAGUGAGCACUACAAGGGCUGCGCCGUUGAACAACCGGCUAUUCUGGUCCUCCGUGAUUAAUGGUUCCACAAGGACCACAUGGUUUGCCUGGUUCCCGAAGAAUUCCUGGAACGAUGGGAGCUGACAGACGGAUUGGAAACACAGGUCUUAAAGAAAUGUCCGACUGGUACCAAGAGGGCUGGAUUCCAGCCAGGUCGGGGCGGAAGCGCAAAGCCCGGCGACAACAACCGCGCCAAGAAUGGCCAAUCCGGGAAGAAGAGCGUCCCUACCAUCAUCCAGAUGAUCAAGGUCCUCGGCGUUUCCAACCACCACCUCAAAGAUCCUAUGCUGAAGUGGCAAGGGGACGCCAAAACACUCAUUUGGAGAGUCAUCACCGCCCCCACUCAUGGACACGCCGCCAUUUUGGCCACGAAGAAGCCAGAUAUGUGCAGCAGGAGCCGCGCCACAGCGCCCCUCAAUGGAAAAAUCGGAACACUGCACCCCCAAUUCACAACACUAGGAACAUUAGGCAGCAAAGAUUCAAUCCCCUGCCGCCUUUAAUGCCUCAAUAUACACCACAAAAUUAUCCCCGCAAUCCUCCCCGUCCCAGAAAAAAACGCAAGCAGCGUAGGGACCCUCCCAGGAGGAAUACGGCCCCUAAUAAUGUUCAUAAUCACAAUAAUAAUUAUAACAAUUACAACACAGAUAUUGAGAGCAAUGUAAAAGCAAAAUGUUUUUACAACAUUAUCAAAAUUACACACCAUCAAAACAUUGUUUCCAAAAAAGACCCCCCACAGUCCAUAAGUAAAAUGGAACAAACACUGGCCACCAUGAUUAGACCGGCGGUUACAAACCCUGACACUGAUGAACUCAUUAAAGACAAUGCACAAAUGUGGGCAGAAGAAACAAUUUUUAUUCUGAGACACCACUACAGAGAGGCCUUAAAAAUUGAAAUGGACAAAAUUACCAAAUUUGGUGGUGAGGACUGGAGACCCGCUUUUCAGAUGGCCUCAACAUGGACCAGAAGACAUCUGGGACGCAGACUCAUGGGGGACACCCUUCGACUGGCCGAGGCUCAAAUCCUCGCAGCCUUCGCUGACCUCCCUGUCAACACUGAGGUGACACGCCCGACCCAGGCCCUACCCCGCCCCCCCCACCACCACCUUGGUGUCGGUUGGCACCAUUACCGACAGCACCGGCCCGAAUUGGUCUCCAUACGUGGAACGAGAGGCGGACCCCCCAGCACAGAUGACCUCCUUCCUCCCGCAUUCCACACCUCCUCCUGCAGUUUUGAAACCACCCUUGGAACAGAGGAGGACACGACACCUCCGUCCUCGCAGCAGAUCAGCAGACGACACCACCAACGAGAGGCCGCCCACACAGCCCUCUCCUGCACGUCGCGUAACACCUCCUCCGAGUCCACCUGCAACACAGGACCCUGUUAUCCCAACACACGCAAAGGACAUCACACAGGAGACCCGCACACAGACCCAGGACAACAUCCAACCACCACGGGAGUCCACGGGAGGACGCUUCUUAUCGACCUGGACAACGAGGUACUGGAUUUUGUGGGACUCACCCCUGUGACGUCAUCGGCCAAUCCCAACACGCCCCCUGACUGUUCCCAGCUCUUCCGAGAUCUUCAAAAGGAGACCGCACAGUCACCACAGGCACCCACCCCUGUCCGGCCCCCAUUCAUCGACCACCAGGACUCACCUCAGCAGGAACAGGCACCUGAGGGACGUCCUCCAACACCGUCCUCCCCCCCUCCUAGCACGCCCCUUCCCAUCCCGGCGACGUGGGAGGGACCCUCGACCCCAACGACCCCACACAGCCCGACCACUUCAGAUAGCGCCGAGGAGGUGCAGGUUGUUAUGGGUGCCCCCCCUCAAAAACCCACCAGACACCCCAACACAUCGCGCAAGAUGUCAGAUUGGAAGUUGUCGACUAACAGGAGGAUCCUGAUUGUCGGCGACUCCAACCUGGCACAUAUACCACCUUUCCACCGCAACGACCUGCAGAUCGACAGUUACCCGGGGGCCAAUUUCCGGCACGCGGAGGCCCUCCUGGCCAGGGCCAGAGUUGCUGUCCAGGUUGAAGUGCUGGUGUUAGCUUUUGGGCUCAACAACUGUGAGCAAAAAGUUAAGGAGACAACCAUUAAACAGCUCCAAGGUGCACUCAGGGCGGCCAGGAACACAUUCCCAACUGCCCGGGUGGUAAUUCCCCUGUUGAACUAUUCAGCUGAUCUGCCUUUGGAGGAGAUAAAACAAUCUCCAGCAGCUGAAUAGCUUCAUCAGG